AUGCUCAUCACCCGACGACGGCUCGGCAGGCUGCGGCUCUAUCGGCGCCGGAUCUUCUGGGCCCUCCUCAUCCUCUUCUUCAUCGACUGCUACCGCAUCCUCUCCUCCCGCCCCAAGACCGUCCGGAUACCGGUCUCGAAGCCCUCCGCGGCCAGAGCAGGCGGCGUCGGCCCCGGCGCCCGCGCGGCCAACGCAGCCAAGCAGCCGCCCGAGCACGCGAGCCCGCGCGAGCUCAACCAGACCUUCUACAUCGCCUCGGUCCACCGCAACAAUGAAGCCAUCCUGCGCUCCGGCUGGAACGACGCCAUGCUCGCGCUCAUCGACUACCUCGGCCCCGAGAACGUGCACUUCUCGUCCGUCGAGUCGGGCUCGCAGGAGGGCACCAAGGACGCCCUGAUCGACCUCAAGAACCGCCUCGACCUGCGCGGCGUCUCCAACCACGUCUCCCUCGGCAUGACCGUCUGGGAGCAGCUCGACGAGCUCGACACCCGCCCGGACCCGGACGGCGAGCGCGAGCCCGGCUGGAUCUGGAACCAGCUCGAGCACCGCUACGCCCUGCGCCGCAUCCCCUACCUCGCCAACGUGCGCAACCAGGCCAUGGAGCCGCUCAAGUGGCUCCAGAAGCAGGGUCGGACCUUUGACAAGGUCCUCUGGGUCAACGAUGUCAUGUUUGACACCUCCGACAUCCUCACCCUCCUCAACACAAACGACGGCUCCUACGCCGCCGCCUGCUCCAUGGACUUCAAGAGCCCGCCCCUGUACUACGACACCUUCGCCCUGCGCGACGACCGCGGCGACAAGGCCGUCUCCUCCCACUCCCCCUGGUUCCUCUCCCCGACCUCGCGCGCCGCCGUCCGCGCGGGGCGGCCCGUCCGCGUCGCCUCGUGCUGGAACGGCAUCGUCGCCUUCGACGCGAGCCCCUUCUACGCCGACCCGCCGCUGCGCUUCCGCGGCAUCGACGACAGCCUCGCCGACCUGCACCUCGAGGGCAGCGAGUGCUGCCUCGUGCACGCCGACAGCGCCGCGCUGUACGGGGGCGGCGGCGGCGUCUGGCUCAACCCCAACGUGCGCGUCGGCUACACCGUCGACGCCUGGCGCGCCGUGCACGUGGCGCCCGGCCAGCCGUUCCCGCCGGGCCUCGUGGACGCCGUGCGCGGCGCCUGGGAUAACCGGUGGGGGCGGUGGAGGGCCGCCGUGCAGUUCCCGCUCGAGAAGGCGACGGUCCGGCAGCGGCUGCGGGCGUGGGCGGACGCGACGCCCCCCGGGGAGCUCGAGAGGACCGAGGUCGGCGACUUCUGCCUCAUCAACGAGAAGCAGAUCAUGUGGCAGAAUGGGUGGAAGCAUCUGUGA